CAGGGCCGCCUGUAUGCAUGGCAGCGGCUGUUAUGAUUAUUAAUGGGUGUCUUUGCGGUUGUCUCCGGCCUUUGUGAGGCUGUGCAGGCACAGCAUGUGAAUUUGGAUCUGGCUCCAGCUAAAACAUUCUUGCCCUCCCCCUAGUUCUGUGAGUCUGUAACUAUUUGUAGCUGUUGGCCCUUGUAUGGCUGGGAGACUGUGCGUGUGUGUGUGUGUGUGUGUGUGUGUGUGUUGGGGGGCGGGGGCUGCUUCUGAAACACAGGCGCGCCCUCCGUUGCUGUCCCCUGCCUCUGGUGCUGAACCCGGAGGCUGGGGAGGAGGCUCGGGCUCCCUGCUCCUCCCGCCCUGCUCCCCAGGCCCCUCCCCGGGCCUCCCCCGCCUCCCGCGCGGCCUCCCCUCUGCCCGCCUCCGCCUCCUCCCCCUCUCUCCGGCUCCUCCCCCUCCCUCCUCCCUCGCUCCCUCGCCGACUCCCCCUCCCCCGUGUCCCUCCCCUCUCCUCCUCUCCUCCCUCUAUCCCCUCUCCCUCCCCUCCUCCGGGCUCUCCCUCUCAGUCUCCGGCUUUUCUCUCUCUCAAUCUCUCUCUCUCCUUCGGGCGGAGUCGCCCACCACUGCCAGCCGAGCGCUGGGGGGACCUGCUCCAGGCUGUAGCUGCAGGACCCCACCGCCCCCCAUGGCUCCCCUGGCCUUGGUGGGGGUCGCACUCCUCCUGGCGGCUCCCCCAUGCUCCGGGGCAGCCACCCCAACCCCCUCCCUGCCGCCUCCCCCGGCCAAUGACAGCGACACCAGCACAGGGGGCUGCCAGGGCUCCUACCGCUGCCAGCCGGGGGUGCUGCUGCCCGUGUGGGAGCCCGACGACCCAUCUCUGGGUGACAAGGCGGCGCGGGCAGUGGUCUACUUCGUGGCCAUGGUCUACAUGUUCCUGGGCGUGUCCAUCAUUGCCGACCGCUUCAUGGCGGCCAUCGAGGUCAUCACGUCGAAGGAGAAGGAGAUCACCAUCACCAAGGCCAACGGCGAGACCAGCGUGGGCACCGUUCGCAUCUGGAAUGAGACAGUGUCCAACCUCACGCUCAUGGCCCUGGGCUCCUCCGCCCCCGAGAUCCUGCUCUCCGUCAUCGAGGUCUGCGGCCACAACUUCCAGGCAGGCGAGCUGGGCCCGGGCACCAUCGUGGGCAGCGCUGCCUUCAACAUGUUUGUGGUCAUCGCCGUCUGCAUCUACGUCAUCCCAGCCGGCGAGAGCCGCAAGAUCAAGCACCUGAGAGUCUUUUUCGUCACUGCCUCUUGGAGCAUCUUCGCCUACGUCUGGCUUUAUCUCAUCCUCGCUGUUUUCUCCCCGGGGGUGGUCCAGGUGUGGGAGGCGCUGCUGACCCUGGUCUUCUUCCCGGUGUGCGUGGUGUUCGCCUGGAUGGCCGACAAGCGGCUGCUCUUCUACAAGUACGUGUACAAGCGCUACCGCACCGACCCGCGCAGCGGCAUCAUCAUCGGCGCCGAGGGCGACCCCCCGAAGAGCAUCGAGCUGGACGGCACGUUCGUGGGCGCCGCCGAGGCCCCGGGGGGCGAGCUGGGCGCGCUGGGCGCGGGCCCCGCCGAGGCGCGCGAGCUGGACGCCAGCCGCCGCGAGGUCAUCCAGAUCCUCAAGGACCUGAAGCAGAAGCACCCGGACAAGGACCUGGAGCAGCUGGUGGGCAUCGCCAACUACUACGCGCUGCUGCACCAGCAGAAGAGCCGCGCCUUCUACCGCAUCCAGGCCACGCGGCUCAUGACCGGCGCGGGCAACGUGCUCCGCAGACACGCGGCCGACGCGUCGCGCAGGGCGGCCCCGGCCGAGGGCGCGGGCGAGGACGAGGACGACGGCGCCAGCCGCAUCUUCUUCGAGCCCAGCCUCUACCACUGUCUGGAGAACUGCGGCUCCGUGCUGCUGUCCGUCACGUGCCAGGGCGGCGAGGGCAACAGCACCUUCUACGUGGACUACCGCACCGAGGACGGCUCGGCCAAGGCGGGCUCCGACUACGAGUACAGCGAGGGCACGCUGGUGUUCAAGCCCGGCGAGACGCAGAAGGAGCUGCGCAUCGGCAUCAUCGACGACGACAUCUUCGAGGAGGACGAGCAUUUCUUCGUGCGGCUGCUGAACCUGCGCGUGGGUGACGCGCAGGGCAUGUUCGAGCCCGACGGCGGCGGGCGGCCCAAAGGGCGGCUGGUGGCGCCCCUGCUGGCCACCGUCACCAUCCUGGACGACGACCACGCGGGCAUCUUCUCCUUCCAGGACCGCCUGCUGCACGUGAGCGAGUGCAUGGGCACCGUGGACGUGCGCGUCGUGCGCAGCUCGGGCGCGCGCGGCACCGUGCGCCUCCCCUACCGCACGGUGGACGGCACGGCGCGCGGCGGCGGGGUGCACUACGAGGACGCGUGCGGAGAGCUGGAGUUUGGCGACGACGAGACCAUGAAAACUCUUCAGGUGAAGAUAGUUGAUGACGAGGAAUAUGAGAAAAAGGAUAACUUCUUCAUUGAGCUGGGCCAGCCCCAGUGGCUUAAGCGAGGGAUUUCAGCUCUGCUACUCAGUCAAGGGGAUGGGGACAGGAAGCUAACAGCCGAGGAGGAGGAGGCUCGGAGGAUAGCAGAGAUGGGCAAGCCAGUUCUUGGGGAAAACUGCCGGCUAGAGGUCAUCAUCGAGGAGUCGUACGAUUUUAAGAACACGGUGGAUAAACUCAUCAAGAAAACGAACUUGGCCUUGGUAAUUGGGACCCAUUCAUGGAGGGAGCAGUUUUUAGAGGCAAUUACGGUGAGCGCAGGAGACGAGGAGGAGGAGGAGGACGGGUCCCGGGAGGAGCGGCUGCCGUCCUGCUUUGACUACGUGAUGCACUUCCUGACGGUGUUCUGGAAGGUGCUCUUCGCCUGCGUGCCCCCCACUGAGUACUGCCACGGCUGGGCCUGCUUUGGCGUCUCCAUCCUGGUCAUCGGCCUGCUCACCGCCCUCAUUGGGGACCUCGCUUCCCACUUCGGCUGCACCGUUGGCCUCAAGGACUCUGUCAACGCUGUUGUCUUCGUGGCCCUGGGCACCUCCAUCCCUGACACGUUCGCCAGCAAAGUGGCGGCGCUGCAGGACCAGUGCGCAGACGCAUCCAUCGGCAACGUGACCGGCUCCAACGCGGUGAACGUGUUCCUGGGCCUGGGCGUCGCCUGGUCGGUGGCCGCCGUGUACUGGGCGGUGCAGGGCCGCCCCUUCGAGGUGCGCACCGGCACGCUGGCCUUCUCCGUCACGCUCUUCACCGUCUUCGCCUUCGUGGGCAUCGCCGUGCUGCUGUACCGGCGCCGGCCGCACAUCGGCGGCGAGCUGGGCGGCCCGCGCGGACCCAAGCUCGCCACCACCGCGCUCUUCCUGGGCCUGUGGCUCCUGUACAUCCUCUUCGCCAGCCUGGAGGCGUACUGCCACAUCCGAGGCUUCUAGGGCCUUGCGCAGAGACUCGGCCUCACCGCCCGCCCGGGGCUGGGAUGCUCCGCCGAACCUGCUCUUGGACCCUGGUCUCCUUUUCCCUCCAGACUCAGCCUCCCCUCCUGGGACUCGGCCUCCCUCCCCACCCAGCUCCGGGCUUUGAUCGUCCCUGUCCUCUGUCCCCAGUAGCUCAGCCUUCCCUCUUCCUCGGGAGCCUCCCCAGUUCCUCCCCUGCGGUGACCCCAAUCUGGCCCAUCCUGUCGGUGACCAUCUACACCCCUGGGAGAAUUUCCACCCUAGUCCCCUCCCCAGGAAGCCACCCCCAGUGACAUCCUGAGGAUUCUAAGGGGGGGGGGGCGCGGGGAGAGACAGAGUUUCACUCUUGCCCCGGCUGGGUGCAGUGGCAUA